UAAUCGUUUUGUUUUUUGGAAUAGACAAUCGUCCAAUUUGUUGGGAUGGUGGACGAAGCUCUGUUCGUGCUUCUUUGAGUUAGUGUACAUAGAAAACUCAAUAGUGUUUAGAGUUUUUGCGGAUAACGCCGUUUUAACUUGUGCAUAGCAUUGAAACUGGGCGUUUGAGUCGUUUGAUGGGUUUUCCAGAAGCAGGAAGUUGUUACGGCAAUAAAGUCAAGGCAGCCCCGUUGAGUUGGGAGGCAACCUCUAUUGAAAGUGAACCGAAUAGAAAAGGGUUUCUGGAGAACUUAGACCAAUCACUCUCUCUCCAUGUGGAAGGUUUAAGCUUGAGUCAACUAAACUGGAAGACUACUGAACGCUACAGCUUUGGUAGCUUUGAAACAACUGAACUGGAGGAAGAACCACAGGUCAUUCAGAGUUGCAAACUGGAAGAAUAUGAACAAGAAAAGGAUAAAACUAAUAAGUUGACUAAAGAGAAUGUUUCUCUCAGACGAUUACGUGGUGACCAGGUGGAUCCAGCUCAAGAGAGUAGAACUUAUGUGGGGCAUCCUGCUGACGGGUAUGAACGAGAGGAACCUAAUGCAGAGUUUAAAAAACAAUCCUCUACGAACAAUGCCUCGUUUAUGUCAGAUUCUUUGGUAUCAGUGGCUGAGAGAAACACACUGUAUAAAACAGAAUUAUGUCGUUCCUUUAUGGAAACGGGUUUUUGCCGUUAUGGAGUCAAAUGUCAGUUUGCUCAUGGUACAGAAGAGCUGAGGCAAGUGAAGCGGCAUCCCAAAUACAAAACAAGAUAUUGCAGGAACUUUAUGAAAGAGGGAAACUGUCCUUAUGGUUCUCGUUGUCGAUUUAUUCAUCGUAGACGUGGGUCCUUUGAUGGUUUAGAGACAGAUCUUCUUUACGCUGUUGAGGGCCUGCUUCCUGCCAAGAGAAGUACGAGUCCUAGAAGUCGGCUCCCUAUUUUUCAAAAGUUGCAGGAAGAAUGUGCGGAAGAUAUUGAGUCCGCAGAAUAAUAUCGAAGAGGCUCGGGAUAGGCUUCUGUAUUUAUUAAGCUCUCUUUCUGGAUUCGUUUAUGCUCAGUUUCGUGAGCUUGGAGUUUUAGUUUAUAAAAGGAAUGACGUCUUUGAGUAAAUUUUGUUGCAGAUAUCGUUGCCUAUAAGUAAUUCUUGUCAAGUUUUUUACUGCGUUCGAGCAGUUCUGCGAGAUAUACUCUUGGAAUAGUGCAACGCAAGUACUGGUUCAAAAGUUUCAACCGGUUCUGAGCUUGUUCAACGACUUGUACACUUUUUGUCACAUAUACAGACCUUCCCUUCCCUGCGUCUAACUGAACCUUGUACUUUCCACUGUCAUCUCGUGUCCUUACAAUUCUCCAAAGUUGGUCUUUAGGAAGCACUCUACGUGUUAUCAAACAUCGUCUUAUGUCCUUUCGUCCUUUUGGUUCAAACUUGAUAUGGGAGUAGUUGGCGUUCUCUUGCUCGUUACACGAACAGUAGAAACACCAAAACUUUGGUUUGUAACUGUAUUUACUUUUGGCCCUUGAAGCUAAAGAAGAAAACUUGAUACUUGGAAUACUGAAACAAAUAUAAAGAAAGCAACUACGAAGUUGCCAUGCAGACUGGAUCCUAGCGAUAUACAUCAUUAGGCUUUUGAUUUCACAAUUGCAGAAGAGGGAAAGUAGACUUUAUAUGAAUCUAUCAUUAAGGAUACAAAAA